AUGUCUCUCAGGGAAGACGCGAUGCUGUUGUUCGUUGUCGUUUUCAUCAGCUGUGCUUUCACGUCGGCGGUUAUUCAAGCAGAGCCCUCUGUGGACUCCUCGUACGUUGCUGCUGUGUACGAGCACAACUUAAUCCUGAACCCGGAGCCUCAUGUCCCCCUGUCCCGCCCCGAUGCCCUGCAGCACCUGCAGGAAAACCUGGACAUCUACGAGGAGCAGGCUGCCCGGGCCGCUCAGCAGGGUGCCCAGAUCCUGGUGUUUCCGGAAGAUGGUCUUCAGGGUUUCAACUUCAGCCGCUCGUCCAUCUCCGGCUACCUAGAAACCAUUCCUGACCCCCAGCAGGAGAGCUGGAACCCCUGCACAGAGCCGGGCAAGCACAACAACACUGAGGUUCUCCAGCAGUUGAGCUGUAUGGCCCGUCGUCACAACCUCUACCUGGUGGCCAACAUGGCUGACCUACAGCCCUGUCCCCUGAAGACCGACCCCUCCUCCUCCUGUCCUUCUGAUGGACACUGGCAGUUCAACACCAACGUGGUUUUCAGGUCAGAUGGCCUGCUGGUGGCACGCUACCACAAGUACAACCUCUACUUUGAGAAGGCCUUUGACACGCCACCGCAACCUGAGAUCACCACAUUUGACACACCUUUUGCAGGGAGGUUUGGUCUCAUGAUCUGCUUUGACAUCCUGUUCCAUGAACCCACAGUUAGCCUGGUGGAGAAGGGUGUGCGUCAGCUGAUCUUUCCCACAGCCUGGAUGAACCAGCUCCCUCUACUGGACAUGAUCCAGUUCCAGCGUGCUUUCAGCCUGGGUGCCAAUGUCACCCUGCUAGCAGCAAACAUUCGUAAUGACAGACUGAUCAUGACAGGAAGUGGUAUCUACACCCCUUUUUCUGCCACCUACCACCACGCCCAGAAGGGAGACCCAGAGGAGGGCAGACUGCUGGUGGCCAGGGUGCCAGUCUUGGACCCACUGUGGCUGGGGCACAACAUGGCCACUGAGAAGGGGGUAGUUACGGAUGAGUCCACAUCGUCCACAGCUACAGACUCUGGAUACUGUCACAAAGAAAGCUGUUUUGAUUCUCCUUCUCCUGAAAUUGCUUCUUUGGUCCCUCCCUCCUCCACCACCUUCAUCUCAUCAAUGAUGUACGACACAUUUACGUUUGUCCUCUUAAACGAAACAGAGGGUGAAGUGAAGGUGUGCAAUGGCACCUUUUGCUGUUACCUGCAGUACCGGAUGGUACCACAAGUGAGCAGUAACGAGCUCUAUGCAUUGGGAGCAUUUGCUGGAACCCACACAGUGAAUGGACGCUACGCCCUGCAGGUGUGUGCUCUUGUCUGCUGUGCAGGGUCGGACAUCUCCUCCUGCGGACAGGAAGUGGAAGAGGCUGAAACUAAAAUGGACUUCCUGCUGGAGGGGAAGUUUGGGACCAAAUAUGUGUACCCAUCGGUUUUAGCUAGUAAGCUGGUCCUGGAGCAGCCUGAACAUCUGGAAAGAGCUGAAGAUGGCAGAGUGAGCAUGAAACAUUCAAACAUGACUGGUGGGCUGGUCACUGCCUGUCUGUAUGGACGAAUGUAUCACCUGGACAACGAAUAA